AUGACCAUAUUCCACACUUAUACACCUCAAUUAGUCUCCAUUGGCCCUCUUCACCAUGGGGAACCACACUUGGAAUUUCUGGAAGAAGAAAAACGAAGAUACCUGCAAGACUUUCUUGAGCGAACUCGUUUAAGUGUCGAAGAACUUUAUAAGUUGAUAAGGGGGAAGGAAGACACAUUACGUAGUUGUUAUGAUGAAACAAUCAAAUUUCAUAGCGAUGCAUUUGUGGAAAUAAUUCUGGUGGACGCCGCCUUCAUCGUUGAACUCUUUUUGAGAGGUAGUUUCGUAGAAAUGAGAAAGACAGAAGACCGUAUAUUUAGGCGCUCAUAUUUGUCUUUAUUUAUACGGUUCGACAUGUGGUUGCUUGAGAAUCAAAUUCCAUUUUUCAUUCUUGAGGAAAUUUUUAACCUACAAAAAGUGAGUAGCAUAUUUCGGGCGUCGAAGCCACAGUUCAUCAAGCUUACAUACAAAUUUUUCGAGGUUUUUCAGGGAGUAAAUGGGCAAUUAGGGAAAUUUAAUGGUCCUACAAAGAAGAACACAAGAAAAGCUGUGAUUGCACCGAGUGUGAUCCAACUCCAUAAUGCGGGAGCCAACUUCAAACCGAGCGAAAGGAAAGACUCAUUUCACAUAAAUUUCAAGAAGGGGACUUUGGAAAUUCUACCACUGACGCCACAGUAUCAUACUGGAUCGUUGUUUCGAAAUUUGAUUGCUUUCGAGCAAUGUCAUUGCUCCGAUAAUUACAUAAAUGAUUAUGUUUUUAUCAUUCAUCAUCUUGCCAACACUCCCAAGGAUGUUGAGUUGCUUGUUGAGAAACAAAUUAUCGAAAAUUGGCUGCCGGAUAAAGAAGGAGCAUCAACUCUUUUGAAUGACCUCUCAAAUGUGACAACUUUGAAUCCUGAUCAUUUUUAUUUCUCAGAUCUUUGUGAAGAAAUGGAAAAUUACCGUGCAAAAAGCUGCAACAAGUGGAGAGCGAUAUUGAUACAGAAUUAUUUCAGCACUCCAUGGGCUACCCUUUCCCUGUUCGCCGCUGUUUUUCUGAUUCUACUUACAGUCAUUCAAGCUGUGACUUCUGUUCUCCAAGUGACGAAUUAACAAAAUG